UGGGAGUAUCUCUAUACUUUUUUUCUGUAUGAAAGCAUUUUAUUUUCUUGCUUUUCUUGCUUACUAUUGAAGUAAGUAACUAGGAUGGGAAUAUAUUCAAAAAAAGUUUUGGAUUUCGUUUUUCUUUUAGAACUCAUUAAAUUAAUUUUAUUACUCCGAUAAUGAACAAAUCUUUUAAGAUCAUCGAAAUAUAAGAUAUAUUUUAUAUAGAAUUAUGAUGAAGGAUUUCCUAUAAUCAAGCGAUACCAAUAAAGAAAUAUUUAUUAACUAUUUUUAAACUUUCUGUCAUAAUCAACAAAUAACAGAGACUCAAUCUCACUCAACUUUAUAUUUUCUUGUAUGGUCAGCAGAUUUAAAUGUAAUUCUUUAAUGCUUCCAAUCCUAAAUUUCUCGUUUUACGAUGCAUAUAGAAUAUAUAUUUUAGUGAGAUUGAAUGUUUAGUCCGAUAUUCUCGUUAAUCGGUAAAUAUACAGUACUAUUGAUCUGAGCCAACAGGUAGAGACUACCUGUUCUGCCAAUCUUCAUACAACCUAGAAACUUAACUCAGCUGAUAGAAUGAUACGCUGUAAUGAUUUAUUGAUGCCAGUCAAUGUUUUUCUUUCUUUCCAACAUCAUAUAAUGACUAGUAGAAGAGACUUUCCCAUAAUUUUUGUUUAAUCUAGAAUCUACAGUUAAUUGAUUCGGUCAAAAAUGUAAUUGAUGUCUACCGAUCACAAUCUGUUCUGCAUAAACUUGAGAUAUUAUUUUUUUUGGGCAAUAUUUUAAUAACUAAAUGAAGUAAAUUUAUUACAAGUGACAAUCGUAGAACAUAUAAGGCCCAUCUUUCCUUCGUAACAAAGAUACAUCCGUAUCUCAUACUUAUGCUAAAGAUAAUCUUGAAAUAUUUGAUAAAUUGAAAAAUGAAACUACUUGAAUUAACGCAAAUUGCUGAACAGAAAGGUUGAACAAACCUUCUAACGGAUCGUAAUCAAUCAUUAUCAGAUCAAAUUUUUCUCUCAACAAACCGAUGCUGUAUUACAACAUCAUAUUCGUUCGAAUGGUGAACUUAAACAACAUCAUAAAGUUCUUCUGUCUACCUUACUUCUUGAGCGACAAUUACAUUCAACAGCAACUAAAGAAUAUAAACGGCUUGUCAGAAAAGUAACCCUAAAAAUCAAAUGUUACUUACGUUAGUACAUAUAAAAAUAACGCAUCUCGACCAUCACUGUCUACUGUUGAUUUUUAUUUGAAUGUUAUUAUUGGUGAAGCAACAUCGAUUGUUGAAAAUGACUGUGUAAAACAAGCUCCAAUAGGAAUUGAAAAUUUAACAAAAGAAAAAAAGCAGUAA